UCAGGAAAAAUGGCUUCAAAGAGCAAAUUUGUGAGAAAUGAGGCUGGCCCGAGCAACCCUAAGCGGGCUAAGAACAACAAGGCACCCGCAGCCUCCUCCACCAUCUUGCCGUCUAGCCGUUUUAUCAACACCAAAUGCUAUGAGCGGUAUUUGGAUUCUAGGGACAACGAUUUCGUUGUUGAGAAGACGGUAUCACAACCCAUUGACCAUGAGUUCCAGCUCAUCGAGGCCUUCGCUAAUAUCGAUUGCGAGACGGUGCUACAUCUCCAAGGUCCUUUCUACCCGGAACUCGUCAAGGAGUUUUUUGCAAAUGUUGACGGGAAUUACCCCCAACAGAAAAUUGAGAGCCGAGUCAAAGGGGUAAAAAUCAUUAUCACCAAUGAUCUUUUACGCUCUCAAUUUCGCAUCGCCAAGUAUGGCACUCCUUUCGCCCCUUCCCAAGCCGGAACGAUGAAUAGCGACGGUAGCUACAACCCCGUGGAUGCGGUGCAAUAUUUUGGCUUGCAAGGACAUGAGCUCAUGACCAAGAACCUUGGUCAACCACACAUCCGGGCCCGGCUUUUGAUGUACCUCUACUCAUUCAACGUCAUGUCGAGAGCAAGCGGCUACAAUAAAAUUUGAAGUGCCGACCUCUACUUUGCAUAUAGGAUGCUUACCGGGCUUGAUCGUUAUGAGGGGAUUCCUCUAUCAGGCAUCAUCAUCAAGCAACUAUGGUGCGCGGCCUUGAGCAACAAUCAAGAUAAGGCCUUUAUUUUCCCUAUCUUACUCUCUAAAAUUUUUGAACAUUUUGGUGUUAGAUUUAGAGGGGAAAAGGAACGGGAGACACAUGUUGUGCUUGAUGUUAAUGUUAUGACACACCUUCGUUAUUUCAAACCACCGCACGGAGGACCAUGGAGGUGCGUGGAGAGAUUUCAUAGAGUUGUGCUGGAAGACAAUGAAGAAGAGAUGAUGGAAGGAGGGGAGUCUGAGGGAGGCCAUGAGGAGCACCAUGAAGAGGCGGCUCACGUACCUCAAGCCGGAGCUAAUUACAACAUGGACUACUUGACCGAACAAUUUGGUCAAAUUCAUACGGAGCUCGUGGUUCAUUGAUGGGAUUUGCGGAACCAACGGCGGGCUAUCGAAGGCAUGGGAGGCCAUCUAUGGAACGUGAACUACUUUUGCCAGGAGUUGGGGCGUCAUUUCAACAUCCCACCACCGCCACCUUACGACCCACACUUUUAUUUCCCUCGCCGAGAAGAUGGAGAUGAGGAUGAGGAGUAGUUGAGAAAAGGGAAGUAUACUAAACUUGAAACAUUUCUUUAUCUAGUCUUGCUAAAACUACUUUUUGUUGUUAGUGUGCCUCUAAACAUUUGUUAUGUGCUAUGAGUUUAUUACCUUGCUUAAAUCAUUCUUUGUGAUCCACAUUGGGACAAUGUGGAAUAAGUGUGGGGGGUGACUUUACUUUGAAAAAUUGUUCAUUUUUGGUCCAUAAUUUCUGAAAAUAACUUUUUUUAGCAAAACCCUUGUCCUCCAAAACCUUUUUCAAAAGUUUUUUUCUUAAGGUUUUUAUAUCUUCACAAAGAGUUUUUAAAUUUACUUGAGGACAAGCAAAGCUCAAGUGUGGGGGUAUUUGAUAAGCGUUUUAUUAACGUAUUUUUAUACAACAAUUUAUAAACGCUUUUAUAAUUAAAAGAAUAAAACUCUCACACAUAUGCCUCGUUUUGCUAGAAAUACUAUAAUUGACAAUUGGACCAAAUACGAGGAUGAAAAGACACACGAAAGAUUUUGACAAGAGAAGGUCAACCAAACACAUCCUGAGGAACAAAAGAAGGAAAGGAAAAUACACCAAAGGAGUGAAAGCCGCCCGGUUUUCACUCGCAAACCAACCAAUUGCCGUCCGAAGAUGAAGAAAAUGCUCCGGAUCCGAAGAAGACGAAAGCCGCCCAGCUUUCGUGAAAGGCGUCCGGCUUUGGGCGCCGUAGAAUUAUUUCAAUAAAACCAGCCAAAAUCCGCCCGACUUUCGACCCCUGGAGCGGAGAUGAUCAUUUUAAACGCGCGAAAGCCGCCCGGCUUUCGCGAUUGUCGCCCGCCUUUCGUUUGGAACUGAUUAAAACAAGCAACGGUCAUCAUAAUCAUUCGGGCGAAACUCCAAACCUCAUUAAGGAGCUUGAUUCCUUGUCCAAAAAUGGUCGUUGAGGACUCAUUAUUUAAGAGGAUUGAAGCCCUUUCAACAAAUUAUUCCAUAUUCCAUACACUUUACUUCCAUUUUAGCAUUCCAAGAUCAACCCCUUGGUCUUGGGAGAAAUUCUACACUUGGGAAUUCCAUUGUCCACCAUAGCUUUGGAGUUGUGGUACUACUUUCUUAUGUAUUUCAUUGUAUUUUAUCAUUUCAAUAUUUGUAAUUUCAUUAUGAAUUGUUCUAGCUAAUUUUCUAUAGCCAAGGUUAGGGAUGAAACUUUAAGCAUUCUAGGUGUUUGAUGUAUGUUCUCAAC